AUGCGGGCUUGCAGUGUUCUAGCGAUUUUCUCAACCGUCAGCUGUGCCGCAGCUAAAGAUGCGCCCGUCAUUUCUGGGAAUCCUCAAGGCGUCGAGUACAAGGCCGUUCUGCCCAAAGAAGCUUUCUUCCCCAAAGCGGAGCUGGUAGGCAACGUCAAGGGUAAUAUAUCGGCAGUGGCAGGCCCUGGUGGCAAGGGCGUCGGAUUCACCGUCCAAUUCGAAAACCUCCCCAAGUCGGGUGGUCCUUUCAUCUAUCACAUCCAUGAGAAGCCAGCUGUCGACGGCAACUGCACAUCAACUUUGGCGCAUCUAGACCCGCUCGGUCGUGGCGAGACGCCUGCUUGCGAUGACUCCAAGCCCGAGACAUGCCAAGUCGGCGACUUGAGUGGGAAAUACGGCAAAAUCACCUCCGAUCCUUUCUUGGCUGAAUACUUUGAUCUCUACACCUCUAUGAAGCCGGACAAUCCGGCCUUCUUUGGCAAUCUGUCGAUCGUUGUCCAUUACGCAAACAAGACACGCCUGACCUGCGCCAACUUUGCCAAGCUGCAGGUCUCAAGCAGUAUUACAAAGUCAGCUCACUCGACCACCAGCUCUCGCACUGCUACCAAGGCUCCAGUUACUACUGGUGCUCACAACAUUGUUGGAACGCACAAUACAACAAUCUCUCAUAAUGUCACAGGCCCACAUCAUACUACAGGAUCUCGCCCUACGAAAAAUCCACACAACGUUACAAACGUCCUCUCUGCCACUGGCGUUCUUACUCGCACCGGCGUUGUAACUGCUACUGGCGGCCUCACCAUUCCGACGAGCUUCACUACUGCCUCUACCAGUGAUGUCGGAAGUGCAAGUGCGACAUCGACUACUGUGCCCUUUCCGGGGGCUGCUGCUGGGAACAAAAUCUCGAUCUCUUUGCUGGGUGGCGUUGUUGCCAUAAUGCUACUCUCCCUGUGA